AUGGCGCCGAGGUCGGAGUAUUCGCAGUCUUCGACAAACAUCCGAGGUCUUUUUGAUGAGGAUUUUACGGAGAACAACAAGAAUGCUUUUGUCGUUGGAACACAACCACUUCUCCAACGGGACGUUGAGCUUGAUAGCUUCCUAGGGAAGACGUCCGUUAGCGGCGAGGACAGAAGUGCAGACGAUACUUCCAGUCACGCAGCAGCUUGGUGUCCAGCAUGGCUUCGAUCAGGGACAUUGUUAACUUUCACCGCUUUCUUUCUUCUCUUCGGCGCUUCCCUCCUUGCGAUGUUUCAGUUCUCUCAGCAGAAUAAUGGGUUGGUCACCACACGGCAGAGCUUCGUUUAUUUGUGGCGGUUUGGCCCAACUGCAAUCCUUACUCUAUUGUCCAUCAUUUGGUCUAGAGUUGAAUUACAGGCUAUCCGGUACAUGCCUUGGAUCGCUUACCGCGAUAACCCCUCGAUCGGCAAGGAUGGAUACUCCCUCGACUAUACGGCCAUGUUAUCGCCCUCGAUUCUUUAUGAAUCCUUGCGGAGAAGACACUUUCUUGUCUUCAUCAUCGCUGUGGUGUCUCUUCUAAUGAAGAUCCAGAUUGUUCUUGCCCCCAGUUUAUGCAGCCUGGUCAGCUUCCAGGCUGAACAGCCCGUCGAGGUUCGUGUGCUCAACUCAUUCAACGUCAGCACUCCAGCGAUGUCAAACAGAGAGACGAGUGCAUACUACAUUGCAAAAGCACUGCAGAAUUUUGAAAUGAAGCUACCAUUUGGCAUUACCGAGAAGGGAGCUUAUCAGACAUUCUCGUUUCGUCAGGGCUCUGGACGAGGGACAGAAACAGAACCGAUCACAGUUACUGUCGAUGGGUACUUUGCAGAGAUGCAAUGCCUGAAGCUUAGGAACUACUCGCAUACGGACCUCAAGGAAACAGGUCCUGCCAGAAGCUACUAUGCUUUCAACGCCAGUCUUUUGUUCGAGGGUUGUGAUCAGCCAGUUUCAGUCACCACCGAUCGAAUGAUGUGGAUCAAUUCCAGUCCUAAUGACAUGACGUUGCAGAGUAGUUGGAAUGUCAACAACCUAAUUGAUGAGCCAAAGCCCUGCUCGAAUUUGCCGCAACAACACAACCAAUCUUUGUACUACGCAACUCGUAUCGGGCCGUCAGCAAAAAAUACGUCACAUCCUGCUGUUCUCAAUUUUGCGGCGAUUUUGUGUUCCUCAACGGCCUGGGUAACCCCAGUGGAGAUAGUCGACGACGGUGUGAGCCCGAAUAUGACGGUAAUACCGGGCGGAUCCAGAACAACAGUCAACGCGGAUCUUUGGUCCAUGCUGGGGAGCUCCAUCCCCGAGACAUCUGGUCUUUGGGGUGGCUCAGGGACCGGUGUGAUUUUUGGACCGAUCAUUACAAAUUUCCAGUUCAACGGCAAAGGAACGAACAAUGACACUGAUCCAUUAUUGUUCACCAAUGAAGUUCUUUAUGACGCGGUCAUGAACACAAGCACUAUCCUGGCCCCUUUGAUUGGCCACUACCGUCUACGAGAAGAAAGUGUUUCCCAAGCAACCGGGAAAGCAAUUGUUACCAUCGAGAGACUGGUUAUCAACCAGUGGGUUUCACUGUUGAUGACAGCGCUGUUCUUCCUACUUGCUAUCCUGACCUUGGUCGCCCUACUUCGCUACAGGAACAGGAUGUCAGUAUGGUAUAGAGAUCCCGCUACAAUUCUCGGCAAUAUGCUCUUCUUCCGCGACAACAUGGGUCUAUCGAACAAUGGCAUGGAAUCUCAGUUGCGUAACUUCGAUAAGGAAUGGAGCUCUUGCGAUUUUACCCCUUUACUACUGAGGACGUGGACACGAGUGCCGAUCUCUAUCUUCAUUCUUGGGAUAAUCGGUGGACUAUACUACACCUUGGGCAUUUCCGAAACACAAGAAGGGCUUGCCUAUAUAGACGCUGAUGGGUACCUACAUUUGCUUUGGACAUCAGUUCCAGCGCUGGUAAUGCUUUGUGUUGCUUUGUACGUCGGCUGCUGCGACUCCGCAUAUCGAGGGUUAGCGACACUUUCAUGCCUGUCUCCGAGACCGUGCAGCGCACGACUACUUGAUAUGUCGUUUCUCGAUAUGAUGGGACUGAGGGCAUUAUACUGGUCUAUCCGAAAGCGUGUUUGGGCAGUCAGCCUGUCACAAUUGCUCAUCUUCCUCUGCGGGUUUCUUACAACUCUGGCUUCGGUUAUGUUUACCGUAGACCCGAUUCCUAGCUCCACGAAUAUCCAGCUACGACAGACAACAUGGUUCGGAUUCCGCCAGAUGACGUUGAAUGAUGCUGGGUCCUUCACAGCCACGCGAAAUUCGUUGAGCAGCCUACUUCUGCGCAAGGGCGAUGGCGCUCUAACCUACCCGCGGAACACCUACGAUGAUCUCCUGUUCCCGAUCCUUGACGGACUGGAAGGAACAGAGGUUUCUCCAAACAUUUCUUUCCAGCUCAGUGUUCCGGCUGCCAAACUGGCCCCGAUCUGCGCCAAGUUGCCUGCCAGUACCUACAACAUCACGUUCCAGAAUUACACCGAGGAGGACAAAUUCUUCGAAGUCCAUAUGGUUGAGUCGUUCGAUUGCCCCAAUGGAAAUCGAGGGCAGCUUACGGGCAUUAUCUCUAUGAGUGCUGCUACGAACCGGCUCGGCCAUUCAUACUUCUCGGACAUCCUCGAAUCACCGGAAAAUACGUAUUCUAUCAACGGUCUUUGUAAACUUGGGCUGAACAUGAGUGCUCUUGACUACAUACACUCCCCAUUUCGGUUCCAGACUUACGUUUGGGGGGAGUUCAACAAAGACAAAAACGAUCUCGAUCACCUUUCUAUCUGGAGAUGUAACUACACCUGGGUUGAAUUGAGCACCAAGGUGUCAUUAUCCAUGGAGUCAGACAGUAUAUACAUCCUCGACCCCGAAAGACCGCCGGAACCCGAUUUAUCAGCGACGAAGCUCUGGGAUCCUCCAUUUGACGUCCCUCACUUCGACUAUCAAUUCAUCAACUUUCAAGCGGGUGAUGCGUUCCCAAGCGUUGGCCUCAACGAACCCCUCGCUGGAUCAAUGCAAAGGCAAUUCACAGUCUUGAUGGAGCCAUACGGUCAACUACCACUCAGCGCAUUGGGUGACCCUAGUCAGGAAAGCAACGUUCUCGAUGGCCUCAAACAUAACUUGGGGUUCAUUGGUGCUCAACUCGCCAACUUAGAGAAUCGCUUUAGCGUCACUGACUACGGGGUACCUUAG